GACACUCACAAGGAGACGCGUGCACAACAUUUGCAACGAAAAGCGCGCGUAGUGCACUCAUCUGGCGAAAUCAUAUUUAUAAACAAAUUAAAAACGCUGAUCAACGCACAAUAAACAAUCGUCAUGGGAAUUUUAGGCCUUUCGAAGCUUAUUGCAGAUUUGGCGCCACUUGCAAUACGUGAAAGUGAAAUAAAAAACUUUUUUGGUCGUAAAGUUGCCAUUGAUGCUAGCAUGUGUUUGUACCAAUUUUUAAUUGCGGUUCGAUCCGAGGGCGCCCAGCUGGCUACUGUUAACGGCGAUCCAACCUCACAUCUGAUGGGCAUGUUCUAUCGAACCAUUCGGCUGCUCGACAAUGGCAUUAAGCCGGUCUACGUCUUCGAUGGAAAGCCGCCAGAUUUGAAGGCUGGUGAGCUUGCCAAGCGCGCCGAGCGACGCGAGGAAGCUGAAAAGGCACUCAAAGUCGCCACCGACGCGGGCGACGAGGCGGAGAUAGAGAAAUUCAAUCGUCGCUUAGUGCGUGUCACCAAGGAGCACUCGAACGAAGCCAAAGAGCUGCUUAAGCUUAUGGGUGUUCCAUACGUGGAUGCGCCCUGCGAGGCUGAGGCCCAGUGCGCUGCUCUAGUCAAGGCAGGCAAAGUGUAUGCCACGGCAACGGAAGAUAUGGACGCACUAACCUUUGGAUCUUGCAAGCUGCUCCGUUACCUGACGUACAGCGAAGCGCGUAAGAUGCCCGUCAAAGAGUUCAGCUACGACAAGGUGCUGCAGGGCCUGGAGCUAACGAGCAAGGAGUUUAUCGAUCUGUGCAUUCUCAUGGGAUGUGAUUACUGCGACAGCAUCAAGGGCAUCGGACCCAAGCGCGCCAUAGAGCUCAUCAAAACCUAUCGAGACAUUGAGACCAUAUUGGAGAACAUUGACACCAGCAAAUAUAUAGUGCCAGAGAACUGGAACUAUCAAAGAGCGCGCGAGCUGUUUGUGGAGCCAGAAGUAACAGACGCGAGCACAAUUGAUCUGAAAUGGACGGCUCCCGACGAGGAUGGCCUGGUGCAGUUCCUCUGCGGGGAUCGCCAGUUCAACGAAGAACGCGUACGCAAUGGUGCCAGAAAGUUGCUCAAGUCCAAGCAGUCACAGACGCAGGUGCGACUCGAUAGCUUCUUCAAGGCACUGCCCAGUUCGCCCAACGCCACUGCUGCGGCCAAGCGGAAGGCCGAGGAGAUCAAGAAGAGUGCGAACAAUAAGAAGGCGAAGACAAGCGGCGGCAGCGGUGCUGCACGCGGCAGGAGACCAAAGUAAUCUAAGAUAACAACCAGUUCCCAACGAAAAAAUACAAAUUUCUUUAAUUUAACCACAAAAUCAUAUUGCUAACACUUUAAGCUUAGAAACUAAUCGUCGUACAAUUACAAAAACUCUUGAAGCUUAAA